GAAACCCUAAAACCCUCUAUCAGGGGUCAAUCUUUUUCUUGCGACCUUGAAGGUUUCGGAAGGCAAAAAUCAAUGAUGGGCAGUAGUAGGAGGAGCAAGAGAGAAGAAUCCAGACGAAGACAUAUCGAUGAUGAUGACGAUGAUUCACCCUCCAUCUCAGAUGAAUCCGACAGCCAUGAUUCUUCUCCUCGACGACGUCCUUCGGGGAGAAGCAGGGACCGUAGCCGCAGUAGCAAGCGCAGCCGGCGUCGGGACUCUGAUGACGACGACUCCGAAGAUGAUUCUGAUGACCACAGGAGCAAGAAGAAAAAGAAGGGGACGGGAUCGUCAAAGAAGAUUAGUGAAGAGGAGAUCGCCGAGUAUCUAGCCAAAAAAGCUCAGAAGAAGGCAAUGAAAGUAGCAAAGAAGCUGAAAUCUCAGACAGUUUAUGGUUAUGCCAAUGACUCGAAUCCAUUUGGUGAUUCCAAUCUCAACGAGAAGUUUGUGUGGAGAAAGAAGAUCGAGCGUGAUGUUACUCAAGGAGUUCCUCUUGACAUGUUCUCUGUUAAAGCUGAAAAAAAGAGACAGAAAGAAAGGAUGGCUGAAAUUGAAAAGGUUAAAAAGAGAAGGGAGGAAAGGGCUAUUGAAAAAGCACAGCAUGAGGAGGAGAUGGCAUUGCUGGCUAGAGAGCGUGCUCGGGCUGAGUUCCAAGACUGGGAAAAGAAAGAAGAAGAGUUUCAUUUCGAACAAAGCAAAGUUCGAUCUGGUAUACGGUUGCGUGAAGGGCGUAUCAAGCCAAUUGAUAUACUUUCUAAGCAUCUUGAUCCUUCUGAUGAAAAUGAUAUAGAGAUAGAGGAGCCAUACAUGGUCUUUAAGGGUUUGACAGUUAAAGAGAUGGAAGAGCUUCAUGAGGACAUAAAAAUGCAUCUAGAGAUGGACACUGGAACACCAACACAUAUACAAUAUUGGGAGGCACUUCUGGUGGUUUGUGACUGGGAAUUAGCUGAGGCACGUAAAAAAGACACAUUGGAUCGAGCUAGAGUCAGAGGUGAACAACCACCUGUGGAGCUACUUGCAGAAGAAAGAGGUUUGCACUCAAGUAUCGAGGCAGAUGUGAGGAACCUUCUCGAUGGCAAAUCAUUCGUCGCACUUGAAGCUCUUCAGUCCCAGAUUGAGUCACAGAUGCGUUCUGGCACUGCUAAGGUUGUCGAGUAUUGGGAAGCUGUUCUUAAACGUCUUCACAUCUAUAAAGCAAAGGCUUGCUUAAAGGAAAUUCACAAUAUGAUGUUGCGUAAGCAUUUAGAACGCCUUGAGCCAUAUGCUACUUAUGGGGAUGUUGAGAGAGACAAAACCGUCUCACCAAAAGUGGAGGAAGAAUCUGAUCAUGCUCACGAGGACGAUGAAGUCCCUCUCUCUCCAGAACCAAUACCAAAUGACGAGUCAAUGGAGGAGGAAGAAGCUGGUUCAUUUUCACCAGAAUUAUUGCACGAGGAUGAAAAUGAUGAAGCAAUUGACCCCGAAGAGGAUAGGGCUAUAUUGGAAAGGAAGCGUAUAGCUGUAGUGGAAGAACAGCAGCGUAAAUUUCAAGAAGCAAUGGCUAUGCGACCACCUCCCUCUGAGGAUAAUUUAGAGAUGAGGGCCGUCAAAAUCAUGGGAGCCAUGGAUAAUGGUGACGAAGUGUUUGGAAACAGCGAUGAAGUGAAUGUGGACUCGCAGGUAUACUGGUGGCAUGACAAAUAUCGACCUAGAAAACCAAAGUAUUUUAACCGAGUGCACACUGGAUACGAGUGGAACAAAUACAACCAGACUCACUACGAUCAUGACAAUCCGCCCCCAAAGAUCGUGCAAGGUUACAAGUUCAAUAUAUUCUACCCGGAUCUUGUUGACAAAACAAAAGCUCCCAUUUACACGAUAGAGAAGGACGGUGAUAGCGCUGAAACCUGCAUCAUUCGAUUCCAUGCUGGCCCACCCUAUGAGGAUAUCGCGUUUCGCAUUGUUAACAAAGAAUGGGAGUAUUCCCACAAGAAGGGAUUCAAAUGCACCUUUGAGCGUGGAAUCUUGCACGUAUAUUUCAACUUCAAACGGUACAGGUACCGUCGAUGAGUGUUUGGUGUUGCUGCGAAUCCGACGAUGAUGAACGGUAUGAUGAGUACAUGCCACUUCUUUGACUUGUAAUUUGAGCAUAGAUGGUUGUACCUUUGAGGAUGAUUUCGUCGUUUAACCCACCGAGUUAUUGUUGUUUCUUCUGGUUUUAUUAUUUACAUGAUAUUUAAAAUGUAACAAUGAUAAAUUUUUAAACAAUGUUGAUCAUAUUUUAAGAGAACUGAUU